GGGAUACACAGAAACCUUUACACUCAGAGCGCGGCCAUCGCCUGACAGUUACUCCAGCCUAGUACUGCCAUAUACCGGCCCUCGGCGCAGGAAACAUGGUGCAAGGACUCAAGACUGUAAGAUGUGACCUUCAAGUUUCACAAAACAACAAGGAACACCGAACCAGUGACCUAAGCAAAGAGACUCAUCUUUUCCUAAGACGAGGUCAAGAAUUCAUCAUCACGUUGAGCUUUCAAAAUAAAAAGAAACAGACGCAGCUGGAAAAAUGCACGCUUACUACAAAAACAGGACCCAACCCAUCCAAGCUAAAUGGUACGAAGAACACGUUCCCAAUUUCAAGUCUUGGUGACAGAAAGUCUUGGAGUGCCAGAGUGAUUGACAAAGACCAGGACUUAUGGAUAAUAUCCAUAACGACCCCAGCAAAUGCCAUAAUAGGAUAUUAUAAGCUAACUCUCAAAUUACCUGGUGGAUAUAUACAAGAACUGGGAGAAUUCAUGCUGCUCUUCAACCCUUGGUGUGAAGGUGAUCCUGUGUAUCUAUACAAUGAGGCUCAGAGACGGGAGUACAUACUCAAUGAGGAUGGCAUCAUCUACCUUGGUACAGACAGUUGUGUCCAGCCCCAUCAAUGGCAUUUUGGGCAAUUUGAGAAGGAAAUCUGUGACAUCUCUAUCAAGUUCAUGGACAGCGCUAAACAUUAUCUGGAAUCUCCAGAGGAACAAUAUUUGCAGAGAAACGACCCCAUCUAUGUCAGUCAAGUCAUCAGUGAUGCGAUCAGUAAAAGAGACGAAGAAGACAGAGUGGAAUUCAUGGUCCAAAAUGGUCAGCCGUCCUACACCUGGAUAAGCAGUUUACCGAUCUUGCAACAGUGGUUCAACACGCAAGACCAACCUGUUUAUGGGCACCACUGGGUGUUUGCAGCAGUGCUUUGUACAGUGCUUCGAUGUCUGGGAAUUCCUACAAGGAUUGUUACAAAUUAUAACUCAGCCUACGAUACCAAUAGGACCCUAAAGAAGGACAUAUAUUACAAUGAGAACGGAGCACGGAUUCAUAGAUCAAGAAAUGACAGUAUCUGGCAUUUCCAUGUGUGGAACGAGUGCUGGAUGAAGAGGAAGGAUCUUCCACAGGAAUACAGUGGUUGGCAAGUCCUCGAUGCUACAGCACAGCAUAAAUACAGCGGUGUCUUAAGCUGCAAUGGUCCAGCACCAGUAAGAGCCAUCAAAGAAGGGCAUGUGAGCUGGCAUUACGAUGUUGGUCUCAUCUUUUCUAAAGUGGUCACAGAUUGUGUGGCCUGGGUUCGGAACUCUCAAGGAUAUUUCAUAAAAUCUUUUGGAGCUACCAGAUAUGUGGGAGAUAGCAUCUGCACAAAAAGCAUUGGAAGUGACGCACAAAAGGACAUUUACCAUAAAUAUAAAUACCCAAAAGGUUCUGCAGAAGAAUACGAGGUGUUACAAAGAGCCAGGGAGAUACUGCUAAAAGAACAGCAACAGCCCGAGGAUACUAAUGAUCCAUCUGACAAUAACGUUAUACUUUAUAUGCUAUCCCAGAAUUCCCAGCUUUAUGGAGAUGAUAUAGAAAUCAAGGUGUUUGUCAGCAAUGUGGGCGAUGAGAAGAGGGACCUGCAACUUGUAAUGGGUGCCCAGUCUGCGUAUGAUUAUGGCAUCACAAGAGCACAAUUCUGGAGUGAAAAGUUCCAUUUUCACCUCAGUCCAGGAGAAGAAAGGUGUGUUUCCGGAUGGAUUUCCUAUUCUCAGUAUGAGAAAUCUCUACUGGACAAUAAUUUGCUGAGGAUCACUGCUCUGGUGAAGCAGCCCAUGGGUGCAAAUGGCCAUUUUACAGUAGCAGAACAGGAUGUAACAGUCUGCAAACCCAAAAUAGCUAUUCAGAUGACGCAAGCUGUGCUGCAGUUCCAGCCCGUUAAGGCGAUGGUUGUCUUCUCUAACCCGCUCAACGACACCCUGGAGGAUUGUGUCAUAAAGGUCUCAGGCAAAGGGCUGCUUCAUAAGGAGAGGUUCUACAGGUCCAAGAAUGUGGAUCCAAGGAGCACUUUGGUCUAUCCCAUUACCUUCACUCCAACGUUAGCUGGAACUAGACGGCUUUAUGUGCAGCUCAGGACUAGCAAGCUCCAUAGCAUCACUGGAUUCCAGAAGCUGGAGGUCCUUCCAUCCAAUAUUAGAGAAUGGUCCACUCACCACUGGGAGGACUUCCAGAAAUCUACAGAGGAAACGACUGGCUCUCUAGAAGACCUCCUCUCUCCUCUCUCCAUGACCAUCCUUUCCGAGAAUUAUCUGUUGUAUGGGCAAGACUUCCCCCUCUCCUUGAAUAUUUCCAAUCAUAGCAGUAAAGAAAAAGAUCUGUGUGUGGUCCUUGGUGCUCAGUAUAUAUAUGAAAAUAGGGACAAGUGUCCUCAUUUCUGGAAGCAAGAAAUUCACUUUUCUCUGGAAGCACAAGAAGAACAAACAUUGGCAAUCAACCUUCUUCACAAACAAUAUGCAGACCUCUUGUGGGAGAGCAAUGCCGUCAGACUCACCGGUCUCGUAAAAGAUGUCACCAACACAGUAUCCACCAGUAAGAAUGUCACUCUGUACAAGCCUCAGCUUACCAUCCAGAUGCAGAAAGAGGCAUUACAGUACCAUCCUAUAACUGCUACAAUCACCAUAACAAACCCUCUUGAUGAGGUGCUAAGAGGCUGCAUCCUAACGGCUUCUGGGAAAGGUCUGGUCCACAAGAAGAGAUCUUACAGUUGCCAAGAUAUUGACCCUGGAUUCAGAGAGGCUUUCACCAUCACCUUCACUCCAACGCAGACCGGGGCUCUGAAACUGUACAUGGAGUUCAAAUGCAGGCAGUUCUGUGGCGUGAAGAGCAUGCAGAGUGUUGAAGUUCUGCCAUCUGAGAUCCCAGGCAUUAGAGGAUAGGAGCUUUUAGAGUCUCUCAUUCGGCUAUCCAUAAGUCCAAUGACCAAGGAGUGACUUACUUGAGUUU